CCGAAAAAACACUUUUUUUAAGUUUUAGCAAAAAAGGAGGUGAUUAUUACCUCCUUCAGAUUCAUUCUUCUUCUUCUUCAAGAAUCAUCUUAGUUGAAAUCCAACUGAUUCAAACUGAGUUGGAGGUUCAACGUGACAUGAUUGCCCUUCUGUCUCAUUAUUUCAUAUUUACUGCGCACAGUUCAUAUGAUCGAUCAUAUCUUACUCGAAAUCAACUUAGUAGUAACAGCAGUGACCAAGUGAUAUGAGGAAUUAGAGUUAUUGAGUUGGACAUUUGACCAUGUUUUUCAUUGGAGGUCGUUCUUCAGGCGAAGCCUGGGUGCAUAGCAAUGCAAUCUGAAUAAUCGUCUCUAAUUCCUCUUUGUCGUACUUGUUAUUCAGUUAUGUUGUUGAGGGGAAUAAAAUGUCAGUUCAAAACUCAACCAACGUGGGUGCCUGUCAUGAGGAACACUGUAAGUGGCCAACAAUGAGGUCAUUAAAUACGUUGCAGCAUAAUAAGCUCAGUUAAAGACUGAUGUGCAAAUUAAUAGCCCCAUAAUGUCCAGAUGGGUGAGCUGGUCAACUUUUCAGAUAACAAGAUAUGGUUUUAAACCAGGUAAGCUGUAGACAGUUUAGAAGAGGGAUGAAAGCACUUUGAAAGUUCAAAUGGGUUUGGAUUUAAGAAGUAUUCCAACAGAGCUACCAGGCAAGAUCCAAAUGUUUCUAUGCAGUGAAAAUCAGUUCGAUUCAUUUGAAAAAUCAGCUUCUCGGAGCGUACAUUUCCCUACUAGCUUGAUUGAUCCUCCACCUUUGAAACUACCAGCUGAAUCACGAAAAAGCCAGGCCAAAACCCAGCAUUCUCCUUUAUUUGCAGCAUUACUAUUGAAUUUGAAGCAGCCGGAUAUAGAAGAUGUCCACCCAGACCCAAUUGAAUUUGAGCAUUCUCCAUUAUCAUCCCCCUUUUUAGACUGCUUCCGUUCCAAACAGUAGCCUUUAACUCUCCCUAAUCCUCUCCUUAAUAGCACUACAACACCUAAAAACAAGUUCCCGCUCACUGGAACUUUUCAUCGCAUCCGUUCGAUUCAAUAAGUUAAAUCGACGACUUCUGCGCCUCCUAUUCUCUCUGAACCCUUUCCUUCUUUUCUUCUUUCCUUUCCUUCGUUCUUAUUCCCUUAAUAAUUCUAUCAUUGACAGAAUAUUAGCAAACACCUUCCUCAUUUGGUGUUAUCGGACCAAAAAUUGCUCCAAAAAAGGAGAUACUUAUCUCCUCAAAUUUGCCUGAAGUCAUCCGCCUGGAAAUAAUCCGAUAAAGGAGAUGGUUAUUCAUCUAGCCGAAAUCAUGUACCUAGAGUCAUCUUCCUCGAGAGAUCAUCUGAAAAGAAAUCAUCCGAAAAAGGUGACGUUGCUUCCUAAGUUCUUCUGCCGAAAGAUUCAAACCGAGUUUGAGGUAAAGGUAAUAUGAAGUUAUUUUGCAAAACCCAGACAAUUACUCCUCUGGUGAAUCUGCAAUUAACGCCCCCCCAAGGUGUAGGCAUUCUAACGAGAGAUAUACACUUCUCGGGGAUUGAGAUUAGUCGGGAAACUUUGUGUUCUCUUUGCGGAGGGGAUGCAGAUUCUGGGAGUCCUAUUACUACGAGAUCGCAAUGGCUCAUUUGGUGGUGCCGCUACCUUUCCGUCAAUGUAGCCAUUGAACAUUUGAAUAUCAAUAAAGAACUCUUUGCUAUAUAGGAAGGAAUAAAGUGGUGCUACCAACACGGUUUUCAAAGGGUUGAAAUUUAUAUUUUUGACAUUGCUAAUAUAAACCAUGCUUUACUCACAACUUCAGUCCAGAAAUGAAGGAGAUAAUAGCUAAAGCACAAUAUAUUGCAUUCCAAGCAAAUAGGAUGAUCAUCUUUUUAGAUCAAACGGUCCCAUGCACUCUCAUAUUAACAUGCUAUGAAGCUGCAAGUUAGCACACGAAGUCCUAGGGGCAGUUUAUUGAUAAAAGUGAGUCGCUUCUACGGCGCAUCUCUAGAAAAGAAAAUAGCUAGGCUACUUCCAUGGUGUGUACUUGCUCUCUGGUAGAGGGACUUCAUCAUGCAAAAGUUAGAAAGUAUAGAUAUAUACUGGAGUUGUAUGAAUUUGGCCAUCAACAGAUACCUAUAUCAACUAUAUACCAAAAGUUAAUUAAUUAAGUUCUUAUUUCUUAUAAGGAAUUUAUUGACUUAUUUACUUACAUGUUAUUAGAAGAAUACUUCACAUGGAGUUCCUGUGAUUUACCCCUUUGAUAUAUUUUUUUCAGAUUAGAAAUAUAAAAAAGGUUCCUAAUCAGUCCUACUUACCAUGCUUAAGUUCAAUAUUUGUUUUGCCG